AAUACGCUACCUUACGGUGAUUUACAAAACUACCGAAAAAACUAAGGCAUUGCGACAUGGCGUUCCAUGUGUGUCUGUUGACGUAAACAUAGGCAGUUUGUUCUGAGUAACGCAUCCAACAUGUCUAACCCAGUGAGAUUGUCUAACCCCUUCAACAACAGAAAUUGUUGUGUCGAUAAUUGUCGUUCUCGAUCUUCAGAAGAAAACAUUAGCCUCCAUUAUUUCCCCCGAAAAAAUGAUACUAUAAUCAUAAAUGGCGAAAGAGUCGAAAGAAGACAACUUUGGAUUGACAACCUUCGAAUUAGUAAGACAGUAAAGAAGCAUUUCCUUGUCUGUUCAAAGCAUUUUUUGAAAGAGGAUUAUAUUUUACCAGGUGAACCAAAAAUAAAACGAACAUUGAAAAAGAAUGCCGUGCCAAGGCCGAACACAUUGUGCCAUUCUAAAAGAACUAAGAGCUCCUCUGAAACCAGCAGAUUUGCCGCUGAAGAGACAUCCCAAACAGGAUCUCUUCAGAAAUGCAGGUCCAUUUCGACUUUCCACAUCAAACAAGAACCAUCAGAUUCAUCAAACGAAGCAGGCACAUCAAAUUCUGUUGGAAGUUAUUCACAGAUAGAAAUCCAAUCAUAUACAUCUAACCAACAAGGAAUGCUGGAUGUGAAUGAUUUUUUGGAAAUAGAGUGUCACCAGCCGCAGGAAGCAAAAUACUGUGAAGAAGACCCAGUAACUAAUAUUAGUAUUCCCGAAACAGAAGCUAGUGAUGAUCCAAAAGAUAAACUCGAUGGCGCCGAUUCUUUAGUUUUUGAAUCACCUAAAAGAGAUCACAUUGAUGAUUUCUUCUACGGUCUAAGCACGACUAUGCGCACCCUACCAACUCGUCUAAUUGUCGAAGCAAAAAAUGAACUUUUUCAAGUAAUGUCAAAAUAUGAACUAAGAGCUUUGGAAAUGAAAAAACAGAAAUUUUAAAGCAGUUUUCGGAAUUAGAGAGCUACCAGACGAAGUAAACAAAAUACUGUGAAGAAGAUCCAGCAACUAAAACAGGAUUAGCAUAAAAGAAUAUCCUGGUUUUAAAAACUUAUAUUUCAUAAUUUAUUACACUUAGCACUAUAAAUAGUAUGUAAAAAUAAAGAUAAACUGUCCCAG